AUGACAAGCACCUCCAGUUCUCCAUCAUCAUCCUCCAAAUCCGAAUCACCUCACCACCACCACCACUUGGGUGGCUCUCAAAUCACUUGCGUGGUUUAUCCUCCUACGGAUCAAGAUCCAAACAUCUUCUAUCCUCAGCUCAUUAAUCAAUGGCUCUCCAAAUACACCAACAAUGUUGCAAAGAGAAUCUCUCACCUCUCUGAAUGCUCACCCUCUCUAUUAAUAAUAUUAUAUGAGGCUCUGUCAAAAGACAAUCCUCUCACUAAUCCAGAAGAAUAUCCAAAAUUCAUUCGAGAGAAGAAAUUAACUGUUUCUCAAAAUCAAUACAAUCUCCUUGAAUUGAUGGGUUAUUUAAGGAAGCGAUUCAAACAUUCAUUUAUUUUGAGAAAUAUUGAUGAAAGGAAAUUACUCGAGAGAGAUACCUUCGAAUUAAUCAAAUUAUUGGAUUGGUUUAUUCAAUUAGAAAAUCAACGAGUUCAACCUUAUGUGCCACACCUCGAUGAUGAGAAUUACGAUUUGAGGAAGAGAAAUGAAAAAACAAUUCAAACACAGAACACCAUUGACGAACACACUCUCAAACAUCGAAAACGUCUUUUCAAAUUGCAAAGAGAUAAACUUGUAAAAGAACAUGAAGCAUUUGUGAAAGGUUCAAUGUUACGAGCUCAAGCACGAGAGGAGAAAUUGCUCAGAGAGUUUCUGUCUCAUAGUCAAAGAGUUGAGAAGGAUCAUUUGAUUCAAAUGGUGGCCAUGUUAAAGAAAAAAGGAACAAGAUAUGAAACGUCACUGAGAUGCAUCUUCAACAGUUAUAAAGGACAAAUGGAUAUUAUUAAGGCCAAGCAAGAAGAUCAAUUAUUCAAAAACAAAAUUAUUUCAAAGGAUUUAUUUCUCGAGUAUGACAAACAACAUCGAGAGUUUCAAAAAUAUAAAGAACAAGAAUUGGAAUUGGAAAGGUGGAGAUUUCUCUCUCAGAAACAAAAAGAAGAAUUCAAACUUCAACACCAACUGCAAGAACUUAUUCAAAGAAAUAAAAAGUAA